CUUACUUCCACGAGGUCCAUCCCUGCGUCUGUCCUUUCUCUGUUCCACCUGGCGUAAAGGUCUCCGAGGAAGAGGAACCAUCACCGUCAGCAGCCAUGAAUGGCACAGAAGGACUCGACUUUUACGUCCCCAUGUCCAACAAGACUGGGGUGGUUCGCAGCCCAUUUGAUCACCCGCAGUACUACCUGGCCGAGCCCUGGAAGUACUCUCUUCUGGCCGCCUACAUGCUAUUCCUCAUCAUCACCGCCUUCCCCAUCAACUUCCUCACCCUCUAUGUCACCGUGAAACAUAGAAAGCUGAGGACCCCUCUGAACUAUGUGCUGCUCAACCUGGCGGUGGCCGACCUCUUCAUGGUUGUCGGGGGGUUCACGGUCACUCUGUACACGGCCCUGCAUGGAUAUUUCAUCUUAGGGGUCAGCGGCUGCAACAUUGAAGGAUUCUUCGCCACUCUGGGAGGGGAGAUCGGCCUCUGGUCUCUGGUGGUUUUGGCCAUCGAGCGCUACAUUGUGGUCUGUAAGCCGAUGACUAACUUCCGCUUUGGGGAAAAACAUGCCAUCGCCGGGCUGGCCUUCACCUGGAUCAUGGCCCUGACCUGCGCUGCACCUCCUCUGAUGGGAUGGUCCCGGUACAUCCCAGAGGGAAUGCAGUGUUCCUGUGGGAUCGACUACUACACUCCCAAGCCGGAGAUCCACAACACCUCAUUCGUCAUCUAUAUGUUUGUCCUCCAUUUCUGUAUCCCCCUCUUCGUCAUCUUCUUCUGCUACGGUCGCCUGCUCUGCACCGUGCGAGCGGCCGCGGCCCAGCAGCAGGAGUCUGAAACCACCCAGAGGGCGGAGAGAGAGGUGACACGCAUGGUCAUCGUCAUGGUGAUCUCCUUCCUGGUGUGCUGGGUGCCCUACGCCACCGUGGCCUGGUACAUCUUCGACAAUCAGGGGACCGAGUUCGGCCCGGUGUUCAUGACGGCUCCCGCCUUCUUCGCAAAGAGUGCUGCUCUGUACAACCCCAUCAUCUACAUCCUGCUGAACAGACAGUUCAGAAACUGCAUGAUCACCACGGUGUGCUGUGGAAAGAACCCGUUUGGAGACGAUGAGGCUGCCGCCAUCUCUAAAACCCAGACUUCAUCUGUGUCUACCAGCCAGGUGGCCCCGGCUUGACCUGCCCACACCGCCACCAAACCCCCCCAUAGCUCGUCCUCUUCCACGUCCCAUCUGUCCCUGCACGACCCUGGGGGACCCUCCACUGCCAAGCAGCCCUGUGUGUUGAAUAGGCCAAUCCUCUCGACUUACCUCUCCAGGUGUCUCCGGUGCAGUGGCACGGCGACACCUCCACACCGACACACUCAAGAGCCAGCGUGUGUCUUCUCAAUCCAUUUAAUCAUGGAACGUGUUCAGCUGGCUUUUAUGGAGUUUAACCCGGCACCAUGGGGGGGCGGUCUCCGCGUGAAGAUCCAACUGAACACAUUCCAAGCUCAACACGGCCGCCCCCUCCUCGUAAAAGACACAUUAUUAAAGAAAAUCUACUACAAAUGAAUACACACCGCAUGAUUUAAUCAUUUCUCACUCAAGUUACAGCUAUAGAUCCUCCCCAAAUUCCCGCUUUCAACAAUCAACUUCAUGUGAAUAUAUCUAGUUGAGAUUCGUCAUGAAUUUGUUUAGGACUCUCGUGUGUUUUUUAAGGCAUGAGACAGAAGUGUCCUCCGCUCUCGUUGUGUCUUUUUCUCUUUACGGUGAUGACGCUGAGGGGGUUAGUUUGCUCUCAGCAUUUACUGAGACAUGAGUGUAAACAGAUGGACCUGGAGAGAGCUUCUGCAGGGAGAAAACGCCUCCUGC